AAAUCUUGUUUCUAACUGGCUCUUCUUGAUUUUUCCGUUAGUUUGGAGUCUUGGGCAUUUCAGAUUCUGGUGUUAUUAGCAGGAUUGAUGCCAAAUGCAAAGGAAACUACCUCAUUGGUUGCAAUGCGUGUGAGCACAGGAGGUGUUUCCUUUAUGCUUAUAUGUGGUCUUAGCGCUGCUGCAAACACAAGGGUGUCAAAUGAGUUGGGAGCAGGAAAUCCAAACAAAGCCAAAAGUGCAGCCGCUGUGACUCUCAUGCUUUCUGCUCUUCUUGGUCUAGCAUUUAAUUUGGCAUUAGCAUUUGGUCAUAAUUUAUGGGCGGGCCUUUUCAGUGACAGCCCUGCCAUACUAAACAAGUUUGCCUCCAUGACACCUUUCUUAGCAGCCUCAAUUACAAUUGAUUCUUUUCAAGUUGUUUUAUCAGGUUUGAACAAUCCAGACUCGUUCUCCCCUAACUUUACUACUUUGGGUGCAUUAUGCUAUCUGUGCUUAUCAAAGCGAUUUCCUGCAGGUGUUGUUAGAGGGUGUGGUUGGCAAAGCCUGGCUGUGUAAUGGCCAGCCUUCUUGGGCGCGCGCGCGCGCACACACACACACACACAUAUAUAUAUAUAUAUUUCUGAACAUAGUUUUGCUUUCACUGUGGUACAUUAGGGAUUGUGGAUUGGCUUAAUCUCUGGCCUCCUCUGCUAGGCAACCACUCUAGUGCUUAUUACUCUGCGUGCGCGUUGGGCUAAGGUGGAUCUCUCCAAGGAUACUGAGGAAGAAAACCUCGAGUCUAACCAAUUAUAAGCCAUCAAAGGGAGUGAUUAAUGUCAUAAGCGUUAUGAGCCUAAUGACAGCAAUCACAUUGUAGGUGUAUGCCACCAAAAGAAAACCAUCUUGUAUCAGAAUUGUGUAAAGAAAUAAAGAAUGAUUAUGUGUUUAUUAAGAUUGAAUGUUUAAAAGAUGA